GUCCUGCCCAACAGCCCGGCCCUCAACAUGCACCUGAGCAAGGCCCACCCGGUCCAGGAUGGAAAACUUAAUGCACCAAUAAGGAAGGGUUUGAAAACUUCCCGGAAAUUCUACUGCUGUCCUAUUGAAGGCUGCCCUAGAGGACCAAACAGGCCGUUUUCCCAAUUUUCUCUUGUAAAACAGCACUUUAUGAAAAUGCAUGCUGAAAAGAAGCACAAAUGUGAUAAAUGUAGUAACUCCUAUGGUACAGAAUGGUAUUUGAAGCGGCAUAUAGAGGUCUGUGGCAAGACUUUCCAGUGUACUUGUGGGUGCCCUUAUGCCAGCAGAACAGCAUUACUGUCUCAUAUUUACAGAACUGGCCAUGAAAUUCCUGCAGAACACAGGGAUCCUCCUAGUAAGAAAAGGAAAAUGGAAACCUCCGUACAUAAUCAGCAGCUGGCAGAGAAAGCAAAUGAAGCAUUCAUCAAUACACACAAUAAUAAUCCUGGCACUCAGGAACUGGAGUCCUCUGAAGUGAAACUAGUGGCCUCUCUUGAAGGCUCCUGCAGUUCGAACUUCACGAACCAAAUGCAGCCAAAAUGUACACCGAAGAUGCUUUUACCAAAGCCCAAGGUGGCUUUGGUUAAACUUCCAGUGAUGCAGCUUGCUCACUUGCCUAUAUACGUAUCUGCAACAGACUCUUCUGUCAAACCGGCUGUAGUGGCUGUUGAUAAUCAAGGUUCAGUUGUAAGUACUGUUCAUUUAUUGCCUCAAUCUAUAGGAAUUCUGAUUCCAGCACUGGAGGCAGAAACACUUGUAUUUAAAGAUAGUAUGCCUGUUUCAAGAGUGGCAAAUUCUGGUGAUCAUGAACCAGUAAGUACUGGUGUACAAGUUGAGUUGGACAUGGUUACAUCGAAUAACACAGGGCAAGAGCUGGGGAAUGUUUGUCACAAGAAUAAAAUUUCUUCAAUAAAUAUACAGACUGACUUAUCUUAUGUUUCACAGAACUUUGUACCAGCUGCAGCCUGGACUCCCAAUUCUUCUGUAUCCUCUUGCUCCCAGACAGAUCUGUCAUUCAGUUCACAGGUUUCGUUACCCAUCAGUGUACAAACACAGACGCUGCUGCCUGCUUCCAAACUGACUUCAUCCAUAGCUGCUCAGACUGAUGUUUUUAGUCAGGUUUGUUUUCCAACGUGUGGCAUUUCUAGAGAGACUCAAACCAGUAGGACGCAGGACUCUAUUGAUGGAAGAGUGCAAAUGGACCAGGCUGUAAUGUGCGGUGACAUCUUUGACAAUGUUCAUUCAUCAUAUAAUGUUUCUACUCACAUUGAACUUCCAGAAAACAAUUUAAUGCCUGCAAAUAUAGAUCAAACCUUGCUGCAAAGGAGUAAUUGCAAGAGCCUGAAUCAAGAUACGGUGAAGUCUGAAUCUCUUAUCAGCUUUAAUACACAGGCUAAUAUACUUCCACCUCAAAACAUGAUGGAUAAUCAAACCCAGACAAUGGACCUACUAAGUGAUCUGGAAAACAUCUUUUCAGGAAACAUGUCUGGCCAGACACUGGAUAAUCGUGGCCUUUUGUCCGAGACAAGUUCUAAUGCUGACACGCAUCUGCCGUCUGGUCCACCACAGAGCACAGGAAUAGACUUUGACAUUGAAGAGUUCUUUUCAGCAUCCAAUAUCCAAACUCAGACUGAAGAGAGUGAGCUUGGUACCCUAAACUCUGAGCCAGUUUUGGAGUCACUGGACAUUGAAACUCAGACCGAUUUCUUAUUUUCAGAUAGUGCCACUCAAUCAUAUAGCUGCCGAGGAAAUUCUAACUUCUUAGGUUUGGAGAUGUUUGAUACACAGACACAGACAGACUUGAAUUUCUUUUUGGACAGUAAUACCCAUCUGCCUUUAGGAAGUAUUCUGAAGCAGUCUAGUUUCUCCAUGAGUACUGACUCAUCUGAUACAGAAACCCAGACAGAAGUAUACCUGGCUACUAAAAAUAUACCUACUCAGAAUAUUGAAAGCAAAGUCCAGCUCAGUAGCGCUGAAACACAGACUAUGGAUAGCUGUUUUGAGAAUCUAGGGAGUUUAUUCCUUACCAGCAAUGAGACACAGACAGCAAUGGAUGACUUCCUUCUGGCUGACUUAGCCUGGAAUACAAUGGAGUCCCAGUUCAGUUCAGUAGAAACACAGACCUGUGAAGAGCUGCGCUCCUUGUUUCAGAGCUCUGACAAGCCCAGCCAUUGACUACUACGUAACAGAACUGUUUCCUCUGGUUUGAAAUUAAGUUAUUGGAGUGGGAGAGAUGGCUUGACCAAGUCAUCCACUUUGCAUUAUUGAAUGUAGUUAUCAUGAGCAGUUGGCCUAAGAGACUUUUCGUGCUGAAGGGUUCCAAUGUGCUGGACCAAAACCCUGACCUGUCCAAUUCAGAUGCUUCCCUGAACUUAUGGGGGAGGAUUCUAUUAGUUUUGUCUCUGAUUUGAUUUUCAAGGCACUGUCUCUAUUUUGAUGUGAAUUUAAAUGUGCGCUAGAAGGAUUUGCUGCUUUAGAGCAUGACUGAAUUUUCUUGUUGAAAAUGCCAUUGCUAUGCAAUGAACAGAAUCAAGGAACUACAUCAUUCAACUCUGCAUUGCCUUGCAGUCAGGUUGAGGGUAUGUUUGUAUUCCUGCGCCCGACUCUUCCACUUCACCGACAAUGUAAUCGGACAGCCUGAAACAGUGGAAACUCCUGAAGGAACUGCUGAGUUAAAUAACAGAAGUCCUCUGCUUCUGAUCCUUUUUCAUAUACUGGCUUUACAGCAGUAUCUUCAACAUAACUAGCAAUGGAAUAUAAUAGAUGACUUGUGAUGAUGUAAACUGUACGUUUCACAACAACUAAUGCUUUACAUGCAUGCUUCAAGCACUUGCAUGCAGAGCUAGAUUGACAGUACUUCUAUCUACAGAUAUUUGCAAGUGCAUCUAUGAUAAAGCUAGAUAUGAAAGAUAGCCAUAUUUUUUUCAGCUUACAGAAUUCAACACCUGAUUAUGAUCUAAUUUAAACGUGUAAUUAUUUGGAACGGAUGAGUAAUAAGUCUCAUGGGUGAGUCUUUCCCAAAGCAUGUGUGAGUUAACAAGGCUGAGAAAUGUCCUUAAAAUAUUUUUCUUCUCAUCACUGCUGGGAUUUUGAUCUAGUGGACAAAUUUAGUUUUCAAAGGAUGUCCAUGUUUAAUUCUUGCUGUUUAAGCCAGUAAACUUGCAAUGAACAGAUAAAAGCAAGCAUUUGUUUCCUAGACCUAUUUUACAAGUGACAAUCCCAAAGAAGGAAUGUUGUCCUAGUAAUUGUGAAACUUUGAAGUAUAUUAAUGCAUGCAGAGAAAACCUCGUGCCAAAAUACUGUUUCAUAUUUCCCUCUGUUGGAAACUGAAGUGUUACACAAAGCUACUAGUAAGUUAUUCAGAAGUAUUGAAACGUUUUGUUCACAAAUGAAGCACUUAGUCCUGUAAAUUAUACAUAUUUUGGAAUAAAGUUAACUUCAAUCAGU